AAAUAUAACGAUACAUAUAAGGAUAUUAACGCUACGCAGUAAUAAAGUAUUAAUUACAAUUUGCUAAAUUUUAUAAGGAACGGAAUUGUAUUAAAAUUAGCAUAACAUUUCCAAUAUACAGAGGAAAGUUAUUAAAGAUAUCAAAAAUUGAUAUGGCAAUAUUCCUAAAACCGUUAUUUUAUGGCGGUCUUAUAUUUAUCACCGCGAUAGCUUCUUCUGUCGAUGAAAAUCCGAAAAAGUCAUUGAUUGCAUUGAAUAACUAUUUUGGUAAUGUCAUGCCGGUGCAUUACGAUGUCAAGCUUAUACCAUAUUUUAAAGAAGACCAAGAAAGAGAUGAAAUAAAUGUAUCGUAUAAAACAGAAAUAGAACAGCAUCAAGCAAAAGGUAGCUUCGUUUUCUAUGGAGAAUUGAAUGUCGCUAUCGAUAUUUUUCAUCCAACCACAAAAAUAAGGUUAAAUUCAUCGAGGUCAAUACACUAUUUAUAUGGAAAGUUGAGGCAAAAGGAUACUAUGUUUGGUACAUAUUUAGUGGACAAUUUUGAAUAUGAUGCUGUAACACAACUUUGCGUUCUUUAUUUCGAUGAUAAGUUACCACGUGGAAGUUAUAUAUUGAAUAUAAUAUUUCUCAAUGCAAUUAAUAACACAGAAAACAUUAUAAUUUCUUUAAAUACUAUACGAGAGAAAUUUGGACAAUAUGGGUGGUCGAAUGCAACACAUUUUCAGGCCAUUGGAGCCCGACGAUUGUUUCCAUGCUGGGACGAGCCGACAAUAAAAGCCACUUUCAACAUUUCUAUAAAACAUCAUCGUGAUUAUAGGGUUUUCUCAAAUAUGCCGAUACGAAAAGAGGAAAUAUUGAAACAUGAAGACUAUAAAACAGAAACACAUAUGAAGUGGACAUACUUUGAUAUCACUCCUGCAAUGUCCACUUAUAUCGUGACGCUUGCGAUCACGCCAAUAAAUGCCCUUUACAAUUUUCGUAUUGGUAGAAUCAUUCUAUGGCGAAGACCCGAAUUGCAGCAUAUGAAAUAUGCUCAAAUGGUUGCAAACAAAGUAAUGUUGGAAGUCAAAUGGGGAAACUUGAAGAUUCCAACAGUGCAAUUUGUCGCAAUAUAUGGUUUGCUAUACGAUAAUCAAAACUGGGGAUUGGUAUUAAAUAGAGAAACAAGUAUUAUGUACGAUGAAAAUCUACAUUCUGUUGCGCAUAAAAUAAAUGUCGCACGGUUGAUAGGACGAGAAAUGAUAUAUCAAUGGUUUGGUCAUUUAAUCAAUCAAUUUUGGUCGUCUCACUUAUGGUUAAUCGAUGGCCUUACUAUGUUGUUUGGAACAGAUAUCAUCAAUUCUAUCGAGGAUUAUAGAAAUUCCGAGAUGUUGGAUUUAUUUAUAGUUCAAGUUCAAUUUGAAUCUCUUCGUUUGGACACUCAUUCUUUCAUGAAGCCUCUUAUGACAGAAGCCCAUCCUUCCGAAAUUAAUGCUCUUUCUUUUUUUUCUCGUUAUAUUAAAGCACCAUUAAUAUUGCGUAUGCUGCAGUAUCUAAUUACCGAUAAAGUGUUUCGGAUGAGUAUCUACCAAUAUCUAAAUGAGCAUGUGCUUAAUUCGACUCCCGAUGAUUUCUGGGCCGUUAUGCAAACUGCUGUAGAUGAAUCAUAUGAUAAUCCCAGGCAUAUUAAACAAUACAUGCUUCCUUUAACAAUGAUAAUAAAAAAUUGGAGCCGGCAUAUGGGUUAUCCUGUGUUGAAAAUAACGCGAGAUUAUUAUAAAAACAGUAUGAAUAUAACAAUAGAAAAUUACGAUAUAUUUGAGGAAAAUCUUGUCUGGAUACCUGUGACUUAUACUACGCAGAAUGAAGCAAACUUUAGAAAUCUUAAAUAUCCGCUUUCUGACCAAAGAUUAAUGCUUAUACCGUCAGACGAGCCGUUUGAACAAGUUAUUAUAAAUGAAGAUGGUUGGGUGAUAUUCAAUCUACAACAAGCUGGAUACUACCGUGUUAAUUAUGAUCCCGAAAACUGGCAAAAAAUUGCAAAAUAUUUGAACUCUAAAGAAUUUACGAAAAUACAUGUUCUCAAUCGUGCUAAAAUUAUCGACGACGCAUUUUAUUUUAUGGUAGAGCAGCAACUCGAUCCUUCUAUAUUCUGGGAAUUAAUAAGCUAUCUUGCACGAGAGACAAAUUAUAUAGCUUGGUAUCCUAUGAUUAAAGCUCUUGAAUACAUGUCGAGCGUUUUUCCACUUCCAAAUGAAGAAGUCCAAAAUAUUAAGGUAAAUAGCAUUAGAUUUGAUCAAUACAAGAGUUUUUAAUUUAUUUCAUGUCAUAUUCUUCAAGCA